AUGCCAGGAGGAACGCAAUCUAAACCCCUCCAUCAGGUCUUGCCCGAGAUAGAGUAUCAAGACCGGGGCUCUCCUCUCGUUCCGCUCAGUUUGUCCUCGUUGUCAUUGUCUCAAAAUUCUGCGGAACACGGGCUGCUCGAUCUGGGCUUAAGAAGGCACAGGAACCCCUACCGAAGCCACCGUCUUCAAGGCAAACUACCCUCAUUCUCGUCCCCAUCCACCAUACGCCGCGCUAGCUCUGGAGACGCUUCACCGAUUCUUCUCUGUACGACCCCGCUGUGCCAUUUGGGCCACCGGCAACAGGCCCCCUUUUCUCCCUCAAGCCCGUGCGAAUCGAUCUCAAGCCACGACUCUAGGGUCAACAACGAUUUUCUCGACAUCGGCACGAUCUCAGAUCCUGCACUGAAAGCUCGCACGGCGUGCCUGCAUCAUCAGCACGACUCGAGAGAGGGCGUUUUCGAAACAAAGAAAGGGGCUCCUAUCGGUUGUCACAAGCGCCACUGGCUUCUAGAAAUACGCAAAGCCGUCUGGCAGAAGGGAAAGGCCCAGGCACGAGAUCAUCGCAGCGGCUCGUCCCGUUCUACCCUGCUCAGAAGCUCCGAACCCUACCCAGCGAGAUCGACCCGCCUUUCAGCGCCGCGCCGCAAACGCGAAGAGAAGAAGACCUUCUUGUCAGCAGCAAGACAUUGCUCCCCGCUGGAGCCGAGGCGUCUCGCAUGA